UCUCAAUCACACCACUCAUACCAUCCCAGAUCCCAGACCACUCGAAAGAUCUGAUGUACCAACACUGAGGACUUUCAGACUUUAAACAGACUAAGCCAUGAGUACAUUUGGCUACCGACGGGAACUGAGUAAGUACGAGGAUUUGGAUGAAGAUGAGUUGUUGGCCUCGUUGACUGCGGAGGAACUUCAGGAGCUGGAGAAGGAGUUGGCUGAUAUUGACCCAGACGACAAUCUUCCCAUCGGACUGCGACAGAGAGAUCAGACAGCCAAGACUCCCACUGGAACAUUCAGCAGGGAAGCUCUGAUGAAAUACUGGGAAAAUGAGACACGGAAACUGUUGGAGGAGGAGCGGAUCGGUUCCACGAGCCCUAGACAGAAAGACGAAGACGGAGGAGAAGAGGAAGAAGGUUUACCUGAGAGUGACACUGAAGAAUCUGGGGAUGAAAAAGACGAGGCUGAAGAAAAUGAGAAAGAUGCACAGAAAUAUAGGGAUGAUGAAGAGGAAGAGGAAGAAGAGGAAAGUGAACUGGAUGAACCAGUGACUGAAGAAGAGGAGGAGGUGGAAGAAGAGGAGGAGGAGGAGGUGGAAGAAGAAGAAGAGGAAGAAGAGAAUGAAGACAACAGUCCUAAAAUAGCACAGUCUCUAGGUUGUCCUACACAACCACAGGAGUGUUGGUCUCCCAAUGGUCAGUCCAAUCACAGAAUGGCGGAGCCUGAAAGACGACACUCUCCACUGAUAGGCGAAACAAAAGUCCAAGUUCAGGAGCCAAGUCGAAUGUCAGGAAACCCCACUGUGGUAGACGAGGUUCUGGAAAACGUCCUCAACAAUGACCCAGAUACCACCGAAGUCAACCUCAACAACAUUGACAAUAUCUCCCAAGACACUCUUAUCCGAUUUGCAGAGGCCUUACGUUCUAACACACACGUACGUUUCUUUAGCCUGGCCAACACACACGCAGAUGACCAGGUGGCUUUUGCCAUUGCCAAGAUGCUGAGAGUAAACAGCAACAUCACGAAUCUUAACAUUGAAUCCAACUUCAUUACAGGGAAGGGUAUCCUGGCACUAGUGCAAGCCCUCACCCGAAACAGUAAACUUACAGAAAUGCGAUUUCACAACCAACGGCACAUUUGUGGGGGUCAGGUGGAAAUGGAGAUUGUGAAGUUACUGAGGGAGAAUACCACUCUGUUAAAGUUGGGAUACCAGUUCGAUCUUCCAGGCCCUCGUAUAAGCAUGACGACCAUUCUCACCCGCAACCAAGACUUUCAAAGACAGAAGAGAAUGCAGGAGAUGCGUCAACAGCAAGGAGUUGCAGCGACUCCCGCAAACCCAAGAACGGUUGCGCUUCAGAAGAGCACCAACACCUCCUCUCCUUACAACUCUCCUCGAAGUUCACCAUGGUCAUCUCCAAAGCUACCACACAUUGACAUGGCAAAGAAGAACGCUCCUCCUCCACCACCACCACCUCCACCACCACCACCUCCACCCAAAGCCUCAAUCCCAGAAAAGAAAUCUCCCUCCAGAAUGAUCGCAGAGGUCAUCAAACGGCAAGAGAAGACCUCCAAGAAGCAGCAGCAUGGGCCCACCAAAUCCAAAUCCAAAAAGGGCAAAAACGGCACUGCAAAGCAAACACAGACUAACAGCAUAUUAAAGGAACUGAAGAACGCACUGAGACCCAUCAAUGACCGAGAGAGCUCCAGACCGUCCACACCUCUACGCUGCGCUCAUGAUCAACUCAUGGACGCCAUCAAAGGAAGUAGCAUCAAAAAUCUCAGAAGGGUGGAGGUUCCUCAGUGUCUCCAGUAAGGACAGCUCCUGGGCAUCAUCUGCGAACACAGACACUGUGUGCUUUUCUGUUUAAUGUUUAAAACAACAGGGUUUUCUGUAUUGAGAAUGACCUGGAUAUUUGCACUGUAUUCAUUUUUUUUAAAUCACUUGUAGUCAUUGAGGAAGUUUGUGCUGUUGUUGUGAUUGUACUUUCUUGUUCUUAAAUGAAAAAAAAAAAAAAUCGACUUUGCAUUGUUAAUGAUUUUUAACAUGAUUCCUGUCUGUAUAAAUGUAAAUAUCUGACUUGGUUUAAAAGAUUAAAAAAUCAUCAAUUUUAUAAUUGACUGAAAUAAUAAGAGCAUCGUUAUUUCUGCUAUAGCUACCAAGCCUAAAAAAACGGUUGCAAAGGUCAGAAGACUAGC